CAGGUUCAGGCUUUCCUGUGCCUGAGAAAGGGCAGUACCGGUGUUUAUAAGGGAGACGAGGAGCGUACCGGCUACUGUCGGUCGCGAGGAAGGAAUUAUCUAUAGAGUAAGUAUGCUAAUAUUGAAUAAGACAGCACGAGUUUUUUCUAACCCAUCAAAAAGGAAAAUUUAUGAAUAUUUAAGAAGUUUUAAUUUUCAUCCUGGAAAAGUAUUUCUUCAUAAACUAGUAUUGGGAAUUGAAACUAGUUGUGAUGAUACAGCAGCUGCUGUGGUGGAUGAAACUGGAAAUGUUCUGGGAGAAGCAAUACAUUCCCAAACUGAAGUUCAUUUAAAAACAGGUGGGAUUAUUCCUCCAGUAGCUCAACAGCUUCACAGAGAAAAUAUUCAACGAAUAGUGCAAGAAGCUCUCUCUGUCAGUAAAGUCUCUCCAAGUGAACUCUCAGCAAUUGCAACUACCAUAAAACCAGGACUUGCUUUAAGUUUAGGAGUAGGCUUAUCAUUUAGCUUACAGCUGGUUGACAAAUUUAAAAAGCCUUUCAUUCCCAUUCAUCAUAUGGAGGCUCAUGCACUUACUAUUAGGUUGACAAAUAAAGUAGAAUUUCCCUUUUUAGUUCUUUUGAUUUCUGGAGGUCAUUGUCUAUUGGCAUUAGUUAGAGGAGUUUCGGAUUUUCUGCUUCUUGGAAAGUCUUUGGACAUCGCACCGGGUGACAUGCUCGACAAGGUAGCAAGAAGACUUUCCUUAAUAAAACAUCCAGAGUGCUCCACCAUGAGUGGUGGGAAGGCUAUAGAACAUUUGGCUAAACAAGGAAAUAAACUGCAUUUUGAUUUCAAACCUCCCAUGCAACGUGCUAAAAAUUGUGAUUUUUCUUUUACUGGACUUCAGCACAUUAUUGAUAAGACAGUAAUGCAAAAGGAAAAAGAGGAAGGUAUUGAGAAGGGGCAAAUCCUAUCUUCAGCUGCGGACAUUGCUGCUGCAGUACAGCACACAACAGCAUGUCACAUCGCAAAAAGAACACAUCGUGCUAUUCUGUUUUGCAAGCAAAAAGCCUUGUUAUCUCAAAGUAAUGCAGUACUGGUUGUAUCUGGAGGAGUUGCAAGUAACUUAUAUAUCCGAAAAGCUCUGGAAAUUGUAGCAAAUGCAACACAAUGCACUUUGUUGUGUCCUCCUCCCAAACUGUGCACUGACAACGGCAUUAUGAUUGCAUGGAAUGGUAUUGAAAGAUUGCGUGCUGGCUUGGGCAUUUUAUACGACACAGAAGGCAUCCGCUAUGAACCAAAAUGUCCUCUUGGAAUAGAUAUAUCUAAAGAAGUUGGAGAAGCUGCCAUAAAAGUACCACGAUUAAAAAUGGAGAUUUGAUUUUUGCUUUUCAAAAAAUGCCUAAAGGUAGUAUUUCAACCAAAAAAAUUCAGUGUUGAUUUUUUUCUUUUUGUAUAUCAAAUUGUAGGACAUAUAUAAUAUUGUUCAUCAAGAUUUUCUUUUGUUAUUCCUUUUCUUAUGUUUGAUGUUUUACCUGUUCUUCUGAGAGACUGUAAUAGUAUGUUAAUAGUCUUAGAAGGGAAUAUAAAUUUGUUUAUCAAAAACCAAAGUAAAACAUCUUAUAGGGGAAAGAAUGUACUGAUGUUGACAGGUAGAAAAACAAACCUGUAAGGAGAAAUACAGUGAUUCUGCUAAAUCUUGGCCCAGUAUUAUACAGGCCUAGAUCUUUUCCCCCUUUCUCAUUGCAGGGUAAUAGAAGCUUUUUGUUGUUGUUGUUGGCUUCUGCUAAAACAUUAGUCUGACUUUUCCAAUGCAAGAGCAAUUUUAGAAAGGGAGCCAGGUCAAGAUCAUGUCAAAUCAAUGCAUUCUUAAUCAAGACCAAAGGUGACUUUCUCCAACAGAAUGUACAUUAUUAAUUAUAAAAAUAUAGGUAUCUUCUCCAGAGCAAAUGGAAUGUCUGCAUUUCUUAAAACCCAUCUGAGAUUUUAAGAAAUAUAACAUGCAAGUACUUUCUCAUUUUGUAUUUUACUUUUUAGUUGACCACAUAUAUUUAUAUGUAUUAUAUUAGAAAUUAUAUGUAAUUGACUAAAAUACAAGAUGAAAAGGCUUAUGUUUUUGUUUUGCAUUAUUUCCUUUGAAUCUGAAACAUUGUACUG